AUGCUUCGAGGGCUUAAUUGUUGGUCUGGAAAUAAGGGCAUUUUCUUCAGGAGUAACAGUUUGAGGCAUAUUUUUCAGUCGAGAAUUAUGAUGAAUACGGGUGGAGAAGUUAUAGAGCGACUUGAAAAACGUGCAGUGGAAGCUGAAGAGACCAUUUCCCUGUUGAAAUCUCAGUUGUACUUUUUACAGAAAGCAACAGGUUAGAGAUUGUGAUAACUCAUUCUGAAGAUUCCGAUACUAGUGUAACCUUCAUGUGGGUUGACUAACAUUAUAGAGAUUAUGCACAGAACUUUAAUUCAGAACUGUUAUGUUGUCAUGUUGCCCUUUAACUUUUAACAUCUAGAAGUAACCAAAGAGAAAUGUAACUUCUACUCUCAAUUUCUAAAAUAUCAAGUUAAGUGGUGACGAGAAAAGACAAAAUAUCAGACAGAUGAUGGUUUCUGGAUGUAGCACCAAAUCCUAUGCACUACUUUCUAAGGAAACUGAGGCAGGGAAAAGGGAGAACAAAUUAUCAGAUGCUUGAAGUUACAGGGUUAAGUAUUUAACUCAUUUUUGAGUUAUUUUUAUAACAAAAAACUAUGUUAGCGUGUAGAGUGAUAUGUUGUUCACACCAACUAGAUCACUGCAUUUGGGUUUAUAUCUCACACCAAUCAGAUUUCCACAUUAGGGUAUGUAUCUUGCACCAAUCAAAUUGCCUCAUUAGGGUAUGUAUCUCACACCAAUCAUAUUACAGCAUUUGGAUAUCUUACACCAAUUACAGCAUUUGGGUAUUGUUUUUGCGCAAAUGAUGUCAUUGAAUAAGGGGGCUGUACACAAAGAAUGACAUUAUCCAGAAAUUUUGGGUUCAUUUGAUAAGUAUAAUGGUUUGUGGCCUUCGUGAGAGCCUCCUCGAUUGAGGUUGAGAUCUGUUGGGAUGUUAAAGGUUAACAUUUAACCUUUUUGUAUAAUUUUUAAGUGAAAACAUGUUUUUUCUGCACCUACCAAACAACUUGUAUUCCAUCACAUACCAUGAAAACAACAUCCAAAGUCCUAUCAGAACAUACCCAAUCAUUUAUUAUUCAAGAUUGCUACAUAACUUUGGUUAGGGUCUACUAAACAGAGUUUCAGUUUGCUUUUCUUGGAAAAAUUACCUGGAGCUGUAUUUUUGAGGCAACUAACUGUCCCAUCUCAACCUGUUCAGCCAAAAAAAUAACUCUUGCAUGCUACAUAUGCCUAUGUUUUUUGUUUACUGUGUAUCUAAUGAAUUUAUGAAACUUCAUUCAUUAAAAAAUUUACUGUAACUGACAUCAACAGGACUAAUUGUUCGUACUUUUGUAGUUUUAUCCUCAGCUUCAUUUCUAUUGCAUUUUUCCUUGUUGGAAGGAUAGUCUUGUGUCGCAAUUAGUGUUAAUGUAUUAUUACCCUACUUGCAUUUUGCCAAAUAUUAACCCUUUACACCUUAACAUCAGUAAGCAAGUUAUCCAUGCUGUUUUCUAUGCAUUUCCUAUGUUCUAACAAUCAAGAGCUUCUUGAGUUUGGGAUGAAAUUAACAAUUACUUGCCAAAGGUGAAGUGAUUAUUGUUCAGUAAUUCCCAAGACAAAGUUGAGGGGAGUGUUCAAUAUUAUGACAUAACUUAGACACAAUAUGGUUGUCUGAUUGUCUGAUUGGUCAAAAAUCUAUUUUAAAUUUGCCUGUGUACCCAUAGGGGAAACUUGAAACAUCACCCCAUCCUGUGAAAUGGCAUUCCACAGGGCAAAUUCCCAGAUUUAAUUUAGCAAAGGCCUUUGAUUCGGAGGAGAUGAAGAGGAUAUUUUAAACACCAAAAAAAAAAACAGAGAUUGUAUUUUUCUGACAGUAUCAAAUUUACUAUGUUAAAUUUAAGUUCAACUUAUUUGUUGCUCAGUACAAGUGAAAGAACUUCAGAAAUUCUUGAAUAGCAAUCCAUUCUGAAACCAUUUUGUUUCAAUUGUUUUGAUAACUCGUAUCUGGAUAAAAAGUCAGUUUCCCUUGAAGUGGGUAGGUUCAUUUAAUUCAAUCACCAAAAACUUCUUAUCUUUCUGUUAAAAAGUGUUACACCAAACUUAAUAGCAUCUUUUGUGCUCUGUGGAAUUGAAUUUUUUUUGAUCAUUAGGUUCAUCACUUCCUCAGAACACUGACAAAAUACAAGGCAGCCAUUUUAAUAUUUAUCACACCUGCUAUAAUCACCUGGUAUGAGGUGGCUAUAUUAGCAAUAUAUCAUGUAUGUGUCCAUACUGUUCUCUAUACAUUUCCUAGGGUGCUGACAAGUAGAAUUUGUUUAACAGACCAAAGCUUCCUUAGUUGGUGAUCCUCAACCAAUCAGAGCACGUGCAUCUCUAUAAUCACUGGAGCAACUAUGCUAAUUUCCUUUACUCUCAUGACGUUAGUGUUUGAUUUAGGGGUGAUACUGCUGUGAGAAAUGAAAUACUCAUCACUGCAAGAGGUUAAGUAGUUAAAAGCAGGUUUACUAGGUACUAGUACCCCAAUGUAACAUGGGAGCAAAUUAGAGACUCCUAUAUUUAACAAAUAUUUAAUUCAUGAUAAAUAACCUAUCAAUUAAUUAAUGCAGAAGCAAACGAUCUAAUGUAGCCUAUGUUUAUCUGAAAGCUUUGGUUCGUCAUAUCAAGAACACCAGAUUUUUUUACUUGAAAUUGUUUUCUAAAACUACCUCUGCAUUUUAAUUCCCUUUUAGAGAAGAAGACAAAUUCAUUGGGAAGUAAGGUCAGCUGAUAGAAUAAUUUGUGUGAUAAAUAAUUAGAGUCAAAUGGUGAUUUCUGUACCACUGUAUUUUUCAUCAACAAUAUCACCCAUAAAAAGAAAGUGAUUUUGCAAGAAAGCACAGCCAUCUUAGGACCAAUCAAUUGAUUAGGAUUGGAUACCAACACAAACACAGUGUGCGCUCCUUGAACAGUUGCUGAAAUAAGUCAAACUUUGCUCAAAAACUAAUACUAGGAUCAAAACCUCCCCCUGUAUUAAACUGGACUGAGCCAGUUUGUAAUGUCAUGAUUUUUGUUUGUGUUUAAAAAACAAUCUGUCUUUUUAAUGCAGCAGAGCUGUUUAUAUUAUUUUGAUAUUAGACUAUGGAGCUCUUUUUUUAUACUUUUUGCAAUGGAGUCCUAAUACCAUGAGCCCACCAGUUUGAGAUUCUUUUCUAAAGCUCUGCUGCUUUUUUGUGAAGGAUAUUUCAGCUCUCAAACAAGAGAAUGAUCACCUGAGGCAGGAAGUUGACAAACUUAAAGCAGAGCUGGAAUAUUGGGAAGUGAGGAAUGGAUGUAAGUUCAGAGUUUCCUAUGCAUGUUUUGCAUUUUUUCUUUUGUAACUGUUCUAUCACUGAAUUGAAAUUGGCCAUGCUGGCUUUUUUUUUUUUUUUUUCAGUGAAACAAGUUAUUCUCCCAGGUAAGGCACAAGGCACAUCUUUCAUUGAACAAGAAAAAGUUGAAGCUCUUGUCACUGAACAAGCAGAAGUGAGACCUGAAAAAGCAAAAGAAGAGAAGCCAAUGGAAAAGAAACAGAAGAAAGAGAAAGCAGAGAAAAAAGGAAAGGAGAAACCAAAAGCUGUAGAAGGUGCUGAAUGACAGUAGAUGUACAUGUUUAUAGCCUACAUGCUCUAUGUACUUUUGCUUUUUAUUUCUGUUUCAAAAAUUAUUUUAGUGUUAUCUUUGCAAUUGGAAUUUAUUUGUAGAGUGCCCCUGAUGAGUUUGGUUCAACCAAACACAUGGUUGUAACAAAGGCCCCCCUAGUGCAAAGGAAAGCAUAAUAAGGGGUUCACUUAAAGUGAAAACAAGCAGACCGGUGUACCUAGAGCGCAGAGAAAUGCGACUGACUGAGUAACACAAGUUUGGGGUCAAUUCCAAAGAAACUUAAAGCAAAAGCAAUGCAAAUCUGGAUUUUUUUCAACAUUCAGUUGAAAUUGCUUGACUUCUUUAUUCUCCUGACCGUAAUGUGUUUCUCAUUUUAAUGUGGUUUUUGGGUAUUCGAGACAAUUUGUUCUUACACUUUUUUAACUGACUAAAUUAAUUUUUGUUAAUUUCAGUUUUGAAAUGGAUUUUUAACAAUUUUUCAUUUUAAAGUUUUUUUUCCCAUUUGUUUUUUCAAUUCUUUUUUCCCAUGAAGCAGCCAACACUGUGGAACCUGAUGUGUCUCGUAUUGACUUCCGUGUGGGUAAAAUAAUGUCCGCCAAACGUCACCCUGAUGCUGAUACACUGUUUGUGGAAGAAAGUAAGUAGUCAGUGUCCUCCUGCGUGCCGGCUGACGGCUACCAAAAGUGGCUCCCCCGAUUUCUGAGCCGCUUUUUCUUUUUGACGAAGUUUUGCUGAAAAUGUGUCGCGUUGAACAAGGGGUUUCAAUACCUUUUUCCAGUUUCGGCUGCCGAUCGUGUGAUAGGCGGCUGUGCCCGAAAAGGUGCCGUAAGGCGAAACCCAAACACGAGAGCCUACGAGCAGGCUAAACGGACAGCGGUAGGCCAGCUUUUAAUGAAACCCUUGGUUUAACAUUUGUUCUGGUGUACUUUUUUUUUUCUCAGUUGAUGUUGGAGAAGAAAGUCCCCGAACAGUUUGCAGUGGCCUUGUAGGAUCAGUGCCUCUAGAGGAACUUCAGGUAAUGUACGCAGUAGGGAUGCGCCGUGGUCAGUUGUAGAUCACAUGUGACGUCGAAAUGUGGUGUGAGGAAUGUCUCAUGAACAGACGAUUUUUGUGAUCUUUAACAGAAUGGAAACCCCGAAAAUAAGAUUAUUUUUUUAUACAUUUAACAGAAAAAAACCAAGCAAACAAACACACAAACAAAGUUGCCUGUGCGCCAUGUUGGAUGAGGCAGUAAAAGCCAUAUUUGUGUACUCCUAUAGACCAUGGGCAGCGACCAAUCACAGCGCACACAACAUUCAGCUCAUCGUGUAACUACUAUCAGAAAAGAUUGGUGCUGCUCAGUGUGCAGAUCAGUCAAAGCCAACUAAACUGUUUAAUGUGUAAGGCUUCUACGAGGAAUCAUAACAUGGCUAGUAAAUUUGUCUCAUCAAAUUCAAUUGCGCGAGCGUGCUGCAUAUUUUUAUUGAGCACGCUCAUGACGUCAGCAAACGUAUCCCUCGUGAAAAAAAAUUUUCCAUCGUGUUGAAAAUGUUAUAAAACAAUUGGUUCAUACGUCAGCUGUGCGUUCAUCGAGAUAUGAAGCACUUGGGAAGUUUAGAGAGCACUCAAGAAGCUAGAGUUGCUCUCAGCUACGCCUCGAGCAACUCUUACGCAUCUUUCGUGCUCUCCAAACUUCCCGCGUGCUUCAUAUCUCGAUGAACGCACGCUGACGUAUGAGCCAAUUGUUAAGUGGUUUUCCUGAGAGGAUUUUAUUUUUCAAUAUCUUCGGUACCUCACGAAAACAUAAAAAUUUGAAGAAGGAGGACAAAAGGAACGAUGAUGGUUAAUACAAGGAAAGAUUGACGUGGAUUACAAACAAUGAACUUCAUUAAUAUCGACAAAAAUUUUCAAGAUGUUCUAAGCUUGGCAUAGCCACUUAAAAACUGAAAUGAUAUAGAAAAACACUAUAAAAAAAACUUGAGAAGACACGAUGGUACUGUAAAUUGCAAUAUAAAAAGAGGAUGGCUGGGUAAGGGGAAGAUUUCCAAGUACGCAUUCAAAACUGACAGCUCCAUUUGAAAGCUUCAAAUAGCUUAAAUUAUGGCGUGAGUCUGAUGCUCAAUUUGGUUUUCACACUGUCGCUAUCUUAAGAUAAAAUCACUUUCGUUACCUGCACUGCAUAAUAGCUUUCAGUCCGAGAGAGCACCUGUAGUACCUUGGAGAACAUGUAGUAGCUGAUACAAAGACGCAUGUCUGGGGUGAAGUCUAAUUUCUCCGUUUUUGCUCUUUUAGGAUCGUGUUGUAAUCGUGAUGUGCAACCUUAAGCCAGUAAAGUAAGUGAGUUCGUAUAUCGAACACAAUGCUGCAUGGAAAUGAUGAAAUAACGAUUGGUGAAACAUGAAAUAUCCAACCAAUCCAGAAUGUCUGAGUUUGCCUUUGCAUAAUUGAUUGGCUUGAUAAAUUAAGGGAACCAAUGACUUGAUCAGAUGUCAGACGAAAUCAAACCUACGUUGAAAGGUAAAUCUAUUAUUCUGCGAUGUUGUUUGUGAUUUUAGAAUGCGCGGUAUCACGUCGCAAGCCAUGGUGAUGUGUGCAAGUCCCGAUGACAGAUCGUCGUUUGAACUACUGAACGCGCCCGAGGGCAGCGUGCCUGGCGACAGGGUCACAUUUGAUGGCUUUCCAGGGGAACCAGACAAGCAGUUGAAUCCAAAGAGAAAGGUAUUUGUGGCCUGCAAGUCAGGUUUGAUAGUUUUAUAGUUAACUCAUUGGAUCUGAUUUUUUUUUGUUUGUUUAUAUUUUUUGUAGGUUUGGGAGCAAGUUAAGCCUCACCUUCGUACAAACGAUGUAGGGAUCGCAUGCUACAAGGAUACUCCUUUCAGUGUAUCUGGAAAAGGUGUUUGUACAUCGAGCAAAUUUUUUAAGGCACCCAUAAGUUGAAGCCGUGGAUAGAAAAACGAUGCAACCUGACGAAAUAAAAUCUAAGAUUUCUGAAAUGAAAUAAAGGAAGCUCUUGAUUCAUCAAACAUCUUUGAAAUAAACUGUUUUCAUAAAAGAAAAUUCCAACCGGUUCUACUGCUAAUAAAAGUGUGGGAAAAACUUCAUUCUUUUUGUAGAUAUCUAAUCCUAGAGAACCAUAUGUUAGCUUUGACAAAAUUGACGUAACGGACUUGCAAAAUUACCUAGCGUGUAUGUUGGUAGUUGGUUUAAGGGCAUUUUCUUUUUUAAACGGGCUUAAGUAUAUA